AUGGCGGACCAGAAAGGCUCGGAUGUUCUGAAUCAAGCAGACAGUAUGUGGAAAAUGUUGGAUGAUCUGGCAGAUUCAGAUCCUGAAGCAUACAAGAGGUUUAUUGAUAAGACUUUGAAGGAGGGAUCUACCUAUUUCAAGCCGCCAGAAUCCUGUUUUUGUAUCUGUACUACUUUGCUUCCCAAAGUGAUCACUCGUGAGCUGUUUGUGAACAUCUGUAGCUGGGAACAGAUGCUUGCCCCAAAAUCUGAGAAUGACCCCAUUCCUGUUAUGGCUGGUGAAAUGCAGGAUGUCAAGGAUGGACAGUCGACAUAUUCAGUGGUUGAUGUAAUAGUUCAUCCUGCAGUCACGAAGGGUGUUCUAAACAGUAAAGAUCGUAAGAACCUCCUAGUUCAUGUUGCUCUGGACUAUUUAGAGAAUGCCAAACAGAUUCAAGUUUCAAGAAAGUACAAAAACUUUAAAAUGUCUUUUAAGGGGGAUCCAAAAGCCUUGCGAAAAUAUUUGCGACAUGGUAGAGAACAAGCAUUGAAUCCCACCAACUCUGAGAAACCAGGAAAAGGAGUUUUGGAGAGUCCAGAAUCUCUUUUAAGACAACUUUCAUCAAUAACAGUAACUGAAAACCAACAAGAUGGAAAUGUUCCAAUAGAUUUAUUUGAGCGAUCAGCAGAAAAACCAAAAAAAGGCCUCAUCGAGGAAGUGUCAUCCACCAACACUGUGCCGCAGCCAGUAACACCAGUGACACCAAGUUAUGAAGUUUUGGAGAAGGAUGCAGAAGAUUCCAGGCCAAAAAGGAUUGUUGUCAAAGUUAACUUACCAAAUAUCACUUCAUCUUCACAGUGUCAACUAGAUGUGUGUGAGACUGCAUUGUUACUAGAUGCCCCUGGAGUGUACAACCUUCACAUCAAGCUACCCCAGAUAAUUGACCCUGAAAGAACUGAAGCCACUUUCAACACCAACUCACACAAAUUAAUUGUGAAACUUCCAAUUCAAUCUUAAUCUGGACAUUUGUUUUUUACAGAUUUCACACUUCAAACACAUAUGUGUACAGUGUUCUGUUGUGCAUACAGGUACAUGAGUUUAUUUUCUGAUUUUAUUGGUGAUCAGUUUUUUGCCCAUUGCAUGGAAGACAUUUUUUCCACUCUCUUUGGGAUGCUGUAGAUUUUUAGGGGUGUCUUCUGGAAAAUUGGUUCUGUGCACAUUGCUUGUUGUGAAACCUUGGCAAAGUACACAUCACUAAAAAGCUGAUAAAAUUUAGAAUCUGUGGAAAUAAAAAAAAAAAAGACUUGUAACAAUUUUUUCUAAAAGUGACCUUACCGUCACAAAAUAACAAAACGUUUUUGAUUGCACAAAAUAUUUAAAUUGGUAAUUGGGGUCCACGGUUACUGAGAAAAAGCCAAGGAACAGCUUACGUUUAAAAGAAUUAUAACACUUUUAGCUAUUUAUUAACUAUUCUCAAAAACUGUUUUUCCUUGACGUCACGCUAUCAUUUAACAAUUUUCAGAUUAUUUUCUACACCAAACUACAAAUGAAUGUUUCAGCUAGAGAAUGAGCAAAAACAAAAUUUUUGCAAAAUUUGGUCUCUGAAGGUUAACUUAAUUACAUUGACGCUGUAACGACCAGAAUUUGUAUUUCUUUUUAUUGGCAAGCAAAUGCGAAGUAAUUCUAUAUUCUUCUUCUUUCUAUUGUAGUACUAUUGUAGUACUAUUGUAAAGUUUUUUUUCUAUUCAAUUUAGUUCGAGUUUUUGCGUGAGGUUAUGUAAGAUUACGUAACGCCGGUAACUAUUUCUUUUCCCCUGUAUGCCCGUUGUUUUCGUUAAAUAAUUUUUGUUGCUAGUUGAUUUCAACAAUGUCAGUCGUUUCGUUAGUUUUUGCCAGCGCCGUGUUGCUUUUAUUUAAGAGCUUUACUGCCGGACCUGGUCACGCCACAAGUUAUAUGUUCGUUUUUAUUUCUUUUCAGUUUUCUGUCGUUGUUCUUGUUGGUAUAUUUUGUAUUUAGAUAUUUGUAUUAAUUACUUAUUUAAGCCGAAUCACACUCAUAUCUACAAAUCUUUACAUCUAAACAGACGUCCAUCUGGCAAAUAAAUUCAAUGUGCAUUCGCUUCGUUGCGUUGGACGUGUAGUUAUUUAUCUACAGAUGCAUUGUUUAUGGCAGUCUGUUCUGUGAUUUCAUAGUACAAUUUCUGACAAUGACUACAUGGAAAUGGUAGACCAUUCAUUGGAGACUUGACAAUAGAGCUGAGGCCUUUGUAUAUGUCUAAGGGUUGGGUGGUAUUGAAGGAUCUUAUUCAUCAAAGAUUGAAAAAACUUUUGAAAAACAGUAUUGUCCAUUCCUGACGUGGAUUAAGGGAAAAUAAACUAUAGCUUGACUAGUA